AUGGCGGUGAAUCAGAGCCACACACAGAACCGCCGUGGGGCCAUCAUCCCUUACGGUGAAAGUGUCUUGAAGCAGUGUCAGGAUGUGGCGCUCUCCUUCCCACAGCAACCACAGGGAUCCAGUCUCUUCAGUGGUACAAAGAAGGGAACACUGUUUCUCACUUCAUACCGGGUGAUCUUCGUGACUUUACACUCAGUCAGAGACCCCAUGCUGUCUUUUAUGAUGCCGUUUGAUCUGAUAAGGGACUGCACCGUUGAGCAACCAUUCUUUGCCCCCAACUACAUUAAAGGAACUGUUACUGCAGCCCCAGAUGGUGGCUGGGAAGGACAGGCUGUUUUUAAAUUGUCCUUCAGGAGAGGUGGUGCCAUUGAGUUUUCCCAGUUGAUGACACAAGCUGCUGUUGCUGCUGCCAGAGGAAUUCCAUUUGGAAAUAUAAAUUACUGGUACGGCGGGCCAGCCGUGUACGUGGUUGUUCCUGGGAGAAUGAGCAUGAUGUGUACCCGGGAGAACCCUUGUUCAGAUUGGCCUCCAACUUGGCUGCAAGAGAAGCAGCAGAGGUGUCGGGGGUUGGAAAAUGGUUAUGUCCAUGGCUUCAUUUCUGGACUGAAACCCAGUGGCAAGUCAGCAAAUGACUGA